AUGAAACUUUCUGAAUCUUCUGUGAACUGUGUUGCCGUGGCUUUAGACUCAAGGUCGGCAAAGUGGCCGCAGAACGUUUUGCCUUCCAGAUUAUUGCUCAACUCGGUGAAACAGGUUUCUGGGUCCAACUACACAGAUAACAUUUUUGAAAAUGAUAAAAACAAUGUUUUAGAUGGAGCAGAAGAUUACCUUUUAGGAGGGGAUGGAGAAGACAUGUAUGUCGUGAAAAAGAGUGAGGGCUGUGACAUCGUUGACAAUUUUGCUGAUGACAAUUCGCAAAAGUGCUUGAGGUCAGAUAAUGGCACAGAAUUUAUGAAUGGUGAUUUCCAAGAUCUUCUUAGGAAAAGAGCCAUUAAGCAUGAAACUUCUUGUCCAAAUUCUCCCCACCAGAACGGAACAUCGGAAAGGUACUGGCGGACACUAUUUGAAAUGGCUCGGUGUUUGUUGUUGGAGAGUGGUGUGCCUAAGAUGUUGUGA